AUGGUCAAAACACCUAAUUCCAAGCGCAAGUUAGAACCUGAAGGGAAGGAUACAAAGAGUCCAAACAAACGACCCAAACAUUUAAACGAUGCACACACUCAACCCUCACCAAAUGCAAAGCCUGUAAAUGCUGCAGCUCACGCCGAAGCUGGCGGACAGCUGGCGAGCAAGAACGCCCGUACUGAUGGCUUGAGCCGUCGGGAACGAAAACUUGCGAAAGCUGCGGGCUCAGAAGGGAAAAUUGUCGGGGGUAGCGAGGCAGAUUCAAAGUCUGCACAUCCAGGGUCGGACUCAGGACAGGAAUCCGCAGUCGCUAUACGUGCAAAUGGACUGAUCGCACUAAGUUCUGACGGGAAGAAGGCGAAAAAGAAGAAUAAGAGACCUCAGGAAUCCGAUGUGCUUGUCGGCACUACCAGCGCAAAGUAUCCAUGGUCAUUUUCCGCCCCAACAGCAGGGAGACUCUUAAAACAUGAUUCAGUGUUCGUCCGCGAUGAACGUGGAAAGGCCUGCCUGCUCGUUGCCAGCGAUAGCGAAAUACAGCUUCUGUCGCUAGACAGCUCUCUUGUGAUCCGCACGCAUGUCGCGCGCGAAGGACGCUACAUCACCUGUUUCUCUGUUGAAGGCGAUGUCGUUGAUGUCGCUUAUGACGACAAGACGAUCGUUCACUGGAACUUCCUAGACAAAACGCAAACGCCGGGACGGAACUUUUCGAAGCCAGUCCAAGCAAUUGUGAAACCAAAAGACUCUCACAGCUGGUACUUGCACAGCUCUAUGGACCGGAGUGUGAUUGUUCGCGGAGAGAAACCUCUGUUCAAGACGCCUCGUGCUUUGACGGGCAUUGAAGUCCACGAAUCCUCGAUAUACAUAUUCGCUUGGGGUCCAUCGACUAUGGUGAUUGGGACGCGCAAAGGAACGACGUCAACAAACACUGAAAGUGGACAAUUUACUUGGCUCGAAAUACCCAUUGAAGUAUCCAUUACAUGUGCGACUUCCAGACUUGUGUCGACGCAAGCCGAACCGAAAGACCAACAGACUCGCAGACCCGAGCUAGCCGUCGCAAUCGGAAAUGCCGAAGGACAGAUCCAUCUGUACCCGAAUUUAUCGGUGAUGUUCACCUCGUCUGCCAAAGCAGAGCCCCCUGCUCCACAGAUACUUCAUUGGCACCGACUGCCCGUCUCAGCCGUCAAAUUCUCGAGAGACGGUAAUUAUUUGGUGAGCGGCGGUCAAGAAACAGUUCUGGUACUGUGGCAACUCACUACCGGAAAGAAGCAAUUCCUGCCUCAUCUCACUUCUGGCAUCGAGCGAAUAGUGAUCAGCCCGAACGGAGCGAAUUACGCUUUGCAAAUGGCCGACAAUUCAAUCAUGGUGCUGAACACCAGCGAGCUCAAAGCCGUGGCUCACUUCCCUGGCCUACAACUUGCUAUUCAAAGGCGGACAAAGCCCACAACUGGCGAAAAUGGCUAUUCAAGGGCUGCAGCUCUCUUGCACCCCCAUAAGCACCGUCAACUGCUCCUUACAGUACCAUCAGCGACAUCACAAAAAUUCGGAGGGGAUGUAACGAGCCGUCCGUUCCUGCAGACUUUUGACCUCCACAAUGGCAGGCAUAUCAGCCGUCAAGCUUUGACUCGCAACAACGUGACGGACUUCAACGAGAGCCCUGAAGGCAAACCGAUUGUGCCGCCGGAUGUUUCUUACAUUGCCAUCAGCCACGAUGGGAACUGGCUCGCGACAGUCGACGAAUGGACACCACCAGCUUCGGACUUGAAACAUGUCUCCGCCGAGACUCUACUACAAGGAGCGGGUUCCAUCUUAAAGAAUGACGCACAAAAUCAUCUGGAUUUGCGAAGAGAGGUUCAUCUCAAAUUCUGGCAGUGGGAUAACGUUCAAGGCAUCUGGAUGCUGAACACCCGCUCUGAUACGCCGCAUGCUCGUGCAGCGGGUGCUCUGUUAAGUGCAGGGGCUGGCCGCGUUUUGAAGUUGGUCGCAGAUCCCUCUGCGCCCGGUUUUGUCACAGUAGGUGAAGACAAUUGUGUCAAGAUGUGGCGACCGAAAGCACAACUUCGAUAUGGUCAACCACUGCAAGACGAGCGGGGAUUGGAUCAAUUCGAAUGGUCAUGCAGACGGACCACUCAGUUACCAUGUCUGAUUGAAUCCGAGACUCGAAGCGAUACUCCUACAGAUACAUCACUUGCGACAAGUCAAGAUAUCAAACUGAAGAAUGCAUGCCUGGCAUAUUCCCCCGAUGGGUCAUUGAUCGCCUGUGCUCCUGUCUAUCACGAGACCGACGCUAGCCCGCUGGUGCAUUUCAUCUCACCCGAUUCCGGGGCCGUCGUAGAGACAAAAUCACGAUUAACACUGCCAGAUGCCGAACUCGUGGAUCUGGCCUUUAUUGAUCGAUACUUUGUCGCGCUCUCCAAGAGCACGCUGAGAGUAUGGAACCUGGUCGAUGAUUCCUACCGCUGGACCAUCUCAUUUUCCGCCUCCCAACAGAGUCUCGACAACCCUAUCUUGGCGGUUGACCAUGCCAGUAAUAACUUCUGCGUUGUCACAACAGAGCUCCUGCCAGGGCGAGGCGAAGAGGAGACCCACGUCGCACGGGUCUUCACGCCUAAAGUGGCCGACCGUUUAUACGAGGCUCAGCUGUCACUUGCACCGGUGGCUGUCUUGGCCGGCCAGGCUGCUAGAGGCUUCACAUUUCUAUUCGCGAAUGGCUCUAUUCGUACCCUUGAACCGUCAUUUUCGGCCCGCGGUAGAGAGCUUGCUGCGGCCGAUGCAGUGCAAGAGGAUCUUGUGCUUCCUGAGGCUGAUGCUCAAAUCAUGGCGGGUAUGACCUUUGCGUUGACCGCGAAUGGAUUGCCUAGCGACGAUGUCGACAUGGUUGAUGCGGCCGAUGCUGACGAUAUCGCGAUGGAUAUUGACAAUGGCGGAGACGACCGUCCAGUCGUGCGACCUGAGCAGCUUGCGUCCAUCUUCGAUGUUAGCUCUGGCCUCGCACUCCCUCCGGUUAGGGAUAUGUUCCAGGCUGUGGUGGGUCUGUAUUCGAAGAAACCACGUACAGUGGAAGUUGUCAUGUAG